AUAAGCGGGCACGUGUAAUGGCUGCGUGCGUCCAGUUGCAAUAAAGCGCCGUAAACAACUGGGGAAAAAAAAAAAGGGAAACAUUCGUUGAAGAGAUCGUCAAAUCGAAACCCCGGCGUUCGUCGAAUACGCGACUCGCUAUGGGUGCCUACUUGUCGGAGCUGACGGAGAAGUACUCCACCAACGAGACGGGCAGCCGCAUAUCGUACGGAGCUUCGUCCAUGCAAGGCUGGCGAAUGAGCCAAGAGGAUGCCCACAACACAAUCCUGAAUUAUGAUCGGGAUACAUCGUUUUUCGCCGUCUACGAUGGUCACGGUGGUGCCGAGGUGGCAAAGUAUUGUGCCAUGAAAUUGCCCGACUUUGUUAAAACAUUGUCAUGCUACAAGGAGGGGAACCUCGAGGAAGCCCUGCGGGAGGGCUUUCUUCAGUUCGAUGCCAGCCUUGUGACUGCCUCCGUACUGAGCGAACUGAAGGCGCUGGCGGGCACUAGUUCUGACGAUUCGGGAGAGGAGACUCCAGACGAAGGCGAGGCGGACAUGCUUCACGCCGAAGCCACGAUGCCCAUCGAAGACCUCCUUGCACGCUACAGCGGUAAAGUGAAGGACACUGUAUGCGAAGAGAAGGAUGGUGGAAAGAAGGGCGGCGUGAGUGGUGGAAGUGAUGCCGACGGCAAACCUGAACCUCGUCUAGCAGGCGAGAAAAUCGUCAACGGGGAGUGUUCGGAAGAAGAGCAGCCAGCACAGAAAGUCGACAAUGAAGUCAAGGCAGGAGGUUCAAGCGACUCCACAGAGGCGGGUGGCUCGGCAUCAUCAGCAGGAUCGGCCGGUGCGGGUGAUGAGCAGCCACAGACUGGGAGGAGGCCUCACCGGAACUUGAAGCCUUACAUUACUCUGGUUGCGGACCAGGACGAAUCUUCUGAUUCCUCCGAGAGUGGCGAGGAUGAGGAAGAGUCUGGGGAAGAGGAGGAAGCUGAGGAUGAAGAAGACGAGGAAGAAGAGGAGGAAGGAGAAGACGAAGAAGGAGAGGAAGGGGAUGAAGAGGGCUGUGGCGGUUGGAACGAGCGUCUGAAACGCAGGUUCGGCCAACUCAACACAUUGCCGACUGGCGACACCGAAACGGCCGGCUACGACAGUGGCUGCACGGCUGUUGUUGGCCUCAUCCGGGGACGCCACCUUGUGGUGGCAAAUGCGGGUGACUCGCGCUGCGUCGUCUGUCGCUCUGGCCAGGCUCUGGACAUGUCACUCGACCACAAGCCGGAGGAUGCUGCUGAGUACAACCGCAUACGCAACGCCGGUGGUCGCGUCACGAAGGAAGGAAGGGUCAACGGUGGCCUCAAUCUCUCUCGAGCCAUAGGCGACCACGCCUACAAGCGAAACAAAGAUCUCGAGCUGCGGGACCAGAUGAUCACUGCACUGCCCGACAUCAAGGCACUGGAAAUUGAUCCGGCCACCGAUGAGUUUAUGGUCUUGGCCUGCGACGGCAUCUGGAACAACAUGACAAGUCAAGAGGUGGUGGAUUUCGUGAAGCGAGAGCUGGACAAAGGUACCCAUCCCCUGUCUGCAAUCUGUGAAAUGCUCUUCGACGCUUGCCUUGCGCCAGACACGACAGGUGAUGGCACAGGCUGCGACAACAUGACUUGCAUCAUCGUAAAAUUCCACCAAGACAAAGAUGACGGCUGCGUCGCCAAUGGCAACCGAGGACAGAAGCGGCCAGUACCCGCCGAUGGAGAGCCGUCGGAAGGCACAGAGGAGUCGGAAAAGGACGCUGUUGAGGAGACUCCGUCGAAGCGGUGCCGCAGUGGAACGAUUCUGCGACCGCUGGCGACCUUGAAGCCACUCCUAACGGUGCCAAAGCAACAGAAGUGACGGAUCUGUAGACAUACAAAACUGCCAUUUCUUAGUUUUUUGUACUUCUUUUGUUACUACUCUAUUCUUUUGCUUCUUCGAGUCUCUUUUGCACCGCCAAGUUGCAUCAACGACUUUUGUUGCACCGAAGAUGCACAUUGGUGCAACUUGGUGCAAAAUUCCACGCGAUGCAUGAGCCGUUGUCAUUCACAUUGAGAACAGACGCUUUCAAAUUAACCAGAAUGCACCUGCAAGAAUUUUUUUAAUCCCUGUCCGGAAUAUAUGGUCGCACUCUACAGUGAUGCAUGAAUUCAGCCUUAAUGUAACUUUGUUGUGAUUUGUAGAUGCUGUAAAAGUCAUCAUCUACAUUGGUUUACUCUUGAUAAAAGUAAAGCAGGUCCACUAAACAUAGGCAUCAUGAAGACCGCAUGAGGGAUAUCGCUUUUUGUAGCACACUCAUUUGGCCCACCUUUGGCCUGCCUGUGUAAUUGAAGAAAGGGAAGCUGUGUAAAAUUUAUCUCAACGACGCUGUGUUUAGUGCACGCGCAUUUUUUAAAACACAAAAGGUACGUUUGUUAUGGCAGUACUACCUGAAAUGCUUGCUUUUUCUGAUACUGCUGGCAUUAGUCGCAUUGAUACUUCUUUUUUUUUUUGUACUUGUCUAACGGUACCUUGAUCUCGUCAUGUUAGUUUGUCUCUUUGGGAACAUUCUGUAGGCGCUAGGAAGAAGGCAAAAUCGACUGCUUUAUUGUCUCUGUUUUGUUUUAUUGUUAGCCCUGUUAGAACACUGUCCAUUAGCUAUUCGACAUCCAACGUGGCCACAAAAAUUGGCGCAUUUUACUGGUUCGUCAACAAUGUUAUGGGAGUUGGAACACAGCCAAAUACUUGUUUUAGUGGUAGCACGAGCAAGCUUUUUUUUUUUUAAUUGCCUAGGGCGGUCCAGUAGAAUGUCCAUUUAGGCAGGCAUACACCUAUUUUUCCCGAGCCUGUGCUUCCAUUGGUGUCCUCUUUUUUUUUUUUACAGAAAAGCCCUUCCUUUGCACGUUCGCUACUAAUGACGCAUGUGCAAAUGCUACGAAGACGUCUUUAUUACGCCGGACUUUCGGCACGUCACGUGUCACUAACAACCUUUUCGGACGAACUCUGCUGAGACAACUGCGUAAAUUACCACACUGCACAACUUGUGAAGGGGAAAAACUUUGUUAUUUCACGUUGAUGGUAGUUUCUUAAGGAAGUUCUGCACGUUUCGCAUGCCAGGCACUUCGUGUUCUAACUUUAGAGAUGCCAGUAAAAUGUGUUUGUCUCGUCUUGGCCUUUGAUUCAUACGUUUCUUACAUAGUGUCUUUUACGUGUUUGUGCAGAGGGACUUUCGUUGUUUGUACUGUGUUCACAGGCAGUAGUCUCGCACGUGUGAAGCUACCUGCCAACGAACUGUUAUGUUUCAUACAGUGGUAAGAUAUAUCUUCGACGCUUGUAAUGUGCACCGAGUCGCCUAUCACUCGCAUACUUUGACCAGUGUACUUUUGUUGAAGGAGGUCGCACGCAAAACGUACGCUGUUUCAUAAGAGGCAGGUGUCGGUGCUAAGUUCAACAUUCAUGUUGCUAUCUCAUACACAUGGUACAGUUUUUAACGCUGGUUAAUUCUUCAGCUGUUGCUCCCAGACCUGUGCAAGGAGAUGGCACUUGUACAUACCUCAAGGUAAUGUUGCCGAGGUGUUUGCAUUACUAUUGUUUUGUUUUUCAGUGUUGUUAUGUCAUGUUGUACGCUGUGUGUGCUUGUAAAUAAUAGCCACUUUUUCUUUCUCUCUCAAGACAUGCUGUGUUCAACAAAGGGGCAUCGCACAUAAAUGUUCAUUGAAGGAGCGAUAUGCUGUAUCAUAAUUUUUUUUUCCUAAUGUAGAUGAUUCUUUGUGCAGUAAGUACAUCAGUCGUUGGACACAAAAUUCUUCCUAUGUGAUUCAAGCGACGAGAACAGGCAUGAUAAUCUGCAUUGUUCUGCAUACAAACAUUCGUGAAUGGCUGCCACUUCUUUUACCGCACUCAUUCUGUUCCAAACUGGAAAAAAAAAUGAUUCAUAAGAAAUCGUAUUGAAAUCUU